CAUGUCCCCUAUACCUCCCCGUGUCCCCAAUGUCCCCCGUCCCCCCAUCGCCCCGUGUCCCCAUUGUCCCCCCAUCAUGUCCCCAAUGUCCCAAUGUCCCCAAUGUCCCCCCGUGUCCCCCUGUGUCCCCCAUCCCCCCCUGUCCCCCAUGUC